CUGAAGUUGGUGUUGGUGUUGUUGCUGCCGUUGUGCGGAUAGGUUGACUGGUUACAAAAACAACAAUUCCAUGAAAAAUCAGAUUUUUGUUUGCGAAAUUGCUAUGUUUGUUCUCAAACGUAUUUAAUUGUUGAAAUUAUCCUAAAAGCAACAUGAUUUCUUUUUAAUCUAGACUUGUGAGUUUAAUAUGAAACAAUAAUUUUACUAUCAGGUCUUGUUUAUUUGUGAAAAGUGAUUUUUGUGUUGUUUAGUCAAUUUUUGUGUGUAUAUCAUCUAAUAAUUGGUCACUUUCAAGUGUUUAAGUACAACCUGAGUUUUUCGUAAGUAUUAAAUGAAAUUGGGAAAGCCCUAGUAUUUAACUUUGAAAUCAUGUUUGAAGACAACUUGUAUGAGCCAAUAGCUGAACUUUAUCUAACACUUAAUGGACAGCCUAGUUUUGAGGACAUUUAUUGUUUGUGCAGCAGAGUGUUCGUUGAAGGUGCAGAAGGGAAGGGUGAACGACGAGAGACAGUGGGCGAGGAGGAGGUGUCAGAGACAGUGAGCACGGUUCGGUUUUGCAACUCUUCAAGUGAAUCUCAACCUGUCCAGACACCCAAAAAAAGUCAUGAGGAGACUGUGAGCUGCUAUUGUAGUGCGUCUCACUACUCUACAGACGAGCACGAUAGUCUACGAGACAGUGGCACUCUACAUCACAGCGACAGUGGGGCAGACCUGUCGGAGAGUUCCAGAGAUCUGGAUUGGGAGCGGUACUGGACUUUGCAUGGAGAGAGACUCAUUUGGGAGAGCUGGAUAGCCAAGUACGGCUCUUAUGUGGACCCUAGCUAUCUCACGGAGAACAACGAGCAGGGUCCUGCAGAGGGGGAGGACGCUUCUUUUUGCUGCCAGGGUGAUGGCCGAGCCACCGAUCCUAACAGGAGAACCUCAUUCACUGGUCUGUUGGACAGUGUAAGGCAAGGUGAGAGCAAACCUGUCUUGGAUGACCAUCGGAGAUUUGUCGAUGCCGUGAAACCUGCUGAAGAGUCGACCCCACAAAUUCUAGUUGAGAAUGUCCGAAGUGAUAUCGAUGAACUUUUGUCUCGUCGGUUCUCAGAUAUUUCGGAAACAGCAAAAUCACUCUCGGGCAGAAGUGAGGACUCGAAUUUGGAUGAAACAGACCGAUUGCGACUAAAUGUAUUUAGCCGAUGUUCGGGCAGCAGUGCUCCACUGUCAGCAACGACAGACUCCAUGACCAAUGUCACCCGGAUCACACUGUCCUCAUCCGAUUCAAGUUGUGGUGUAGAUGACUCAUCCGCUAAGAGCAGCUCUGUUCUGUCUUCAGAUUCUAACAGCUCUGUGGACCAGCAGUGGCAAAGUCUCUGGGCUGAACACUUCAAUGAGCAGUAUUACUUCCACUAUAACAGAUUCACAGAGAGACAUAAGAAGAAGGACUGCAGUGAGGAGGUGAAGAGUGAUUCAGGGCUUACAGCGGAUGACAUCAAAGUAUCACACGAGUUGAAUGACAUCAAGGCCGAGCCACAACACCAGGAGUCUAUCGACGACGUUGGCAGCAUUGACAGUGUCUCUGAGAGUGAACAGUCCCAAGCGCAUCUUGCAGAGGGAGACAAGUCCAUCAAAAAAAGCGCCCAGAAACAGAGGCUGCUCUCAGUAGGGUACCUGCUGCAGCAGCUGAAGGCCAUGUCUGUUGAACCGACGGAGAGGAUACAGGAGGAGGACGAGACUCUGAAUUCCAUGUCCCGACCUUCCACUAUGGAGAGUGUCAGGAACACAGAGGCCGGGAAGAUCAAUGACAUGGAGAACCAUGUUGAGGGUGAAGAACAAGGUAACAUAGAGAACCCUGUUGAGGAUGAAGAGCAAGACAACACAGAAAAUCCUGUGGAGGAUGAGGAACAAGAUAAUGCAGAGGACGAUUCCGUCAAUGUCAGGCACGGGGUGAAGAGAAGCCAUGAGAGGGAGUCAGACGAGGGGUGCACAGAGAAAGUAAAGAGUGCAUAUCAACUGAUGGGACUGAUGUUUGACAUGGAGAAGACGGAGAAGAUCCGCAAGGCCUCCAUCUGGUACAAGAAACGAUUCAGCCAGAUACGAUUCCAGAACCGGAUCCUGCGGCUGCAGAAACCCCCCAAUAAACACAUCUACUUUGAUGACGAUGAUGAAGUCUGUAAAGACAGUGCUCCCCAGGCUGACAAUGCGGCCCCUGAUUUGGAUACCUCGGGUGAGCUGUACCAUGAUGCUGCAAUUUCCCCAUCAACCCAGGGCCCCGCUGAACCCCAAAGACUGGAAAUGGAGGAGUUCUCAGAGAAGGAUGACUCAACUGAUGAUGAGGAUCAGGACGUAUUUUUCUCGGCAGAGGAGGACAAUGUGUCAGCUGCGGGUCUUGAGCGGCGGGAGAGCAGAGGACGAGCGCAACCCAAACGAAGAAGGAAGAGACAGCUGAAAAAGAAGUAUGUAGUGAAUUAUCCAGAAGAAAUGAUAGCCAACCCUAGGAUCAAGAAGUUCUGGCGUCGGAGGUACUCAUUGUUCUCCAGGUUCGACGAAGGAAUUAGGUUGGAUACAGAGAGUUGGUACUCUGUGACCCCAGAGAAGAUCGCCACAAACAUAGCUGAGCGUUGUCGCUGUGACUUGGUUGUGGACGCGUUUUGUGGUGCUGGAGGCAACGCCAUACAACUGGCCUUUACGUGCGAACGAGUGAUUGCGGUGGAUAUAGACCCUCAGAAGAUAGAGUUGGCCAGACACAAUGCUCGAGUCUACGGUGUGGAGGACCGGAUAGAGUUUGUGGUGGGAGACUAUCUAAAACUGGCACCCACUCUGGUGGCAGACGUCGUGUUUCUGUCCCCUCCCUGGGGCGGACCCUCCUACAGUCGUCAGUCUGUAUUCCCUCUGGCCUCGCUACAGCCGGUGUCGGGCCAGGAACUGCUAGAUCUCACUCUUGGAGUCACUGACAACAUCGCCUUUUACCUUCCGCGGAAUGUGAACACUCAGGAGUUGGUAGAGUGUGCUGGUCCGGGUGGUUGUGUGGAGGUGGUACAGAAUUUCCUGGACAGGGAGUUGGUAGCAGUGACUGCGUAUUUCGGCGAACUGGUCAACUCCUUGGAGUAAUGACGGUCCAGUUAGACGCAAUUCCCACCCCCUCUUCCUUUGUUGUGUUCAUUAGAGAAUCGAGUUGCGAUGCAAUAUCUACUGUAAACAUUAAGUAAUCAUAGUAAGUGGAGUGUUACAAGUAAAAUAUCAGUCAUACUGCAGAAAUAUGAAAAUGUUAUUUUGUUAGCUAUAGUUCUUUUACUGCUAAUUCUGGACACUUCAACAAUGACAAGAACUGGCUUGGACAAGUACCAAGUGGUAUUUAUUCAACUUUUAUUUAUUUUAACUUUUCGUCUCAAGACAUUUUGUUUAUACAUAAUAAAAUGUUGAGACCUCUAUCAAAUGGUAGCUUUAGCAAUGCAUAUUUGCUACAUAAGGAAUGAAUCAAACAUAAAAAAUUCUGAGUUGA